UAGCAAAAAAAAAAAAAACAGAAACAACUCUACAAUAACUUUCUCGUGCUAUCUAUAGCAAUAUGGCUUCUGAUUUUGAGAAUUGGGCAGGCACGGUGGACUUUCUGUACAACAUGCUUUCCUUUCUUGAAGAAGACGAGCAGGAUUCAAAGAUGAAAACCUCAGACUUGAGAGCAGAAGUGGAUGCACAUGUCCAGCUGAUGUACAUCAACUACCUGGAUGAACUGGAGAAGUUAUUCUAUAAAGAUCAGUUUUACCAACCCCUUCCGCUCGCCAAUUUUCUCCAGAGUUUGAACCGCAAGUAACAUGUAGCAUCUCAGGGGCAGGUACAUACCAUGUAGCGUUCGCCUCUAUCAGAGGUACUCGUUUAUCCAUUUGUAUGCUUUAAUACCAGUUUCAGAUGUAAGAAAGUCUUUUUUGUUCUUUUGGUACAAACAUCUUUCAUAUUUUGCGUCGUGCUGUUGGAUUUAUUUCCUCGCGACAUGGAAUGGUAUCAUUACAGUUUGUCGCUUGUAUUUGCCCUCUAUUUUUUUUCAACAAAGUACAAUUGUUGGG